AGUCUCAGGCGUCUCGUUCUUUCUUCCUCUUCAUCCUCCUUUCCCUUUGUCUGUCUGCCUCAUUCUUUUUUUCUGUUCCCUCCUUCCCUGUCGGCAUCGUUCUCAUUUUUUUCUCCUAAUCAUGUCAUCUUCUAUCAACCUCCACCUUAACCGAGCUCCUUUCAGCUCCAUCUCUCUCUCUCUCUCUCUCCCUCCCUUCUCUUUCCCAGUCCUUGGUGUACUUGUAGGGGUCUACAUCUGGUUUCUAUCAUGGUUGCUGCUGCUCUUGUUUCCCAUCGAUCUCUCCCACCGGUCAGCCUCCUCCUCUUUCUUUUCUCUUUUCCUUUUUCUGUCUGACUCUUCGGUCUCCGUAGGGUCGUCUGUUUUUUUUCUCAUAGUCACUUUUUCAGCUCUUUCCUCAACUCGCUCACACUUUGAGCGAGUCGGCACGAAGCGGAGCUCGAGUUCACCACUAUAGCUGCAUCCUUGCCUGCUCAUUGUUGUCGCUCUCUAGCUUCUUUUUCCGGACAUUUCUCUUUCUGUCAUUUUUUUAAUUUUUCCCCUCUGUGCCAAGCAUCUGUUUGGAAAGACUACCGCUGCCUCUUCCGUUUCAGUCUGGUACAGCAGGGAAAAGCAGGAAGUCUGACGCGGGAUGACAUACUCGUAUUCCGUACAGGAGGAUGCACACUCAUGCACACUGAUUGUCCUCACCGACAGUCAACGUGCCAUGUGAACACACACUUCUUUCCAGUGACCAAAGACUGUAACAGUGGACAGAGGUUCCGAGGCUAUGGAGGAUUGCGUGCAGGGGGCGCUCUCGUCGCUUUAUCCUCCUUUUGAGAGCACGGCGCCGCCCCUCCUCUCCCAGGUCUUUUCAGUCCUGGAGUCGACCUAUCAACACGACAGUCUUCGCUACCUCCUGGACUACUUUGUUCCUGCCAAGCACCUCCUGCACAAACUCCAGCAGCAUGCCUGCUCUCAGUACCUGGGCUGCUUGUUCCUUCACUCCGGCUGGCCUCUGUGUCUAGGCGAGAAAGUGGUCGUGCAGCUCUCCACCCUGGACUGGAGGCUCCUGCGCAGUAAUGACUUCUAUCUGCAGGUGGUGCCCUUCUCUACACGCUGCCCCCGCCUGGCCCUAAAGUGUCUGGCCCCCGGGGGACGCACAGUUCAGGAAGUCUUGGUGCCCGAGUCACAGCACCCCCUCGUGUUCACCACUGAGUGGCUGCACAGCGUCAACAAGGAACGGGGCCACAAGAGAGAAGUUGGAGGAGGACUCGACACCUGCCUGGUCAGCACAUGUGAUGGUGUGGUUCGUCUUCCGUGGAAGGAAGUUGUCUACCCCAAAUUCAUCCACGACCCCUCUGAGGAGCUGGGCCUGAUGUCCAACCACGAGGGCCGUCUACCAAGUGAGGGGGGCAGCAGCCUCGGGGGCUGGGGUGGCUCAUCCUCUGGGGAACUGGACUCCUGGUCAUGGGAUGAAGAGGAAGACGAGAGUUUACCACCGGAUGGCUUGGACUCCGCGCCUGCGCUUCCCCGCCGAAGGCGCAGCGAAGAUGGGCUCGGACGGACAACAAGGCACCCCCAGUUGGACGGGGACUAUGUGGAGCUAUUGGAGCCCAGAGUGGGUCCUGAUGGAGGGGUUGAUACAAGGCAGAGGUACUUGGAGAUGCAUGGAAUUUGUAAGACCAAGACUUUGCCUCUGUGCAGGAGAGGCAAAGCCAUCAAACUCCGCAAAGGGAGAGCUUGGGGAUACGGGAGACUGGAAGGGUCAGGAAGCUUUCGAUCUGCCCUGGGUACCAAAAGAGACAUGGUAACCCCAAAAGGUGACAUCUUGCCACCUCGGCCUCCAGCAGGAGCCACUGUACCUGGCAGAGGGCGUCAGUCUUACUCCUCUUCUGUCCAUGACUCUGAUGAAGGAGAUAAAACAAGCAGAGACUCAGAGGGCCUGGAAAGCCACCGGCUUUAUUUUGAUGGCCCAUUCAAAGAGAGGAGGCCCGGCGUAGGCAAGGAGAGAGACAGCAACGGCCUCACGCAGCCGUGCAGAGACGACCUCAGAUGUAAAGACUCAGAGAGCGGUGACAGUUUGGUCACAAACGAAAUCCAUGACUUGAACCACAAAGUCGGACAUGUUAUAGAAGGCCACUCGGAUCACGGAUCUCAUUCAGACUCUGUUUUUGAGGAUACUGAUAAACCACUGAGUGGAGACAGUGAUGCCACAACCCCGACAUCAGACCAGGCACCAGAGAGACCAUUCACUGGAGUUUUAGAAAGCGGAGAGAUUACCAACAGUGGAACUAAAACCAAGAGUUUGUCGAACCCAAAGGUGGCAGAAGAAAGGGACGAAGGAAAGACGGAGGACAGGGUGUGUCCUAGAGGAAAGGAAGUUAAAACCGCAGGAUUCAGAGCACCAAGGAGGAAAAGGAAGGGAAAGGGGGCCAAAGGGAGGGCUCGGUCUGGUGGCCGUGCAUACCAGAAGGGAUCAAAACAACCAGGUAAAGCUUCUCAACCAAGUCCCACCGCCUCCUCUACUCUGACAAAGCUGUCAGUCACAGAAGACAAGCAAUCAGAGCAAAGAGAACAGGCGGACCAACCCGAUGGAGCGCCACCUUCAACUAAUGAGGCGACAGAGGACACAGGGAAAGGCAAUGCAGAGACGGGAGCCGAAUCGCUGCCCGUCUGCAACGGCCAAUCAGGCACAUCCUUAUUUAACCACUCUACUGAGGAGGCGGGGUCAGCAGAGACAUGUCCUGACCAGCUAAACGGUGUUGCAACUAAAGAGCCUCCCCUGCUGAGGGAACUGGACACAGAGCUUCUCCAAUCAGGGAAGCUAAAGUUGACAGGUACGGUGGACAGGCUGGGGCGCGCUCUGAUUAUCACGGAGACGGAUGCAUCAGAGGGGGGUUUCUGCGAGGAGGAGAUGGCCCGGGUCCUGGCCUGCUACCACAGAAUCACCCGGCCGGCAGCCAAAGAAAAAGGUCUGACGGUGUUAAUGGACAGCAGACGCUCUCCACCCUCCCCGCUCUGCCUCUCUGCGCUUAAAUUAUUCCAGGUGUUGGUUCCUGGCGGUCUUGGAUCUGUUCUGGUUUUGGUGGAGGAGCAGCAGGAGUCCCUUUCUCAUAAUCUAGAAGGAGCAGAGAUCCACACGGUGCGAGGGACAGGCGUCCUUCAGCAGUACGUGGACAAGCAACAGCUGCCCGAAGAGAUGGACGGAGACUUCACCCACUGUCACUCAGACUGGCUGGUGUUCAGACUGAGCCUGGAGAGUCUGACAGAGCGCUGUGAGAGCGCCCUCUCACUCCUAGGAGAAGCACUGCAGUCGAUGGACGCCGAGCCGAUGCCGGACAACAUCAAGGCUGUACCUCUGAGCAUCGACAAGCACAGGCAGCUCAUGGUGAGCGUCCUGGCCGACCAGCGGUUAACUGAACUACAGCAACGAGGCGGGGCGUGGCUCGCGGGAUUGACCAACAGCACAUCCGGACUGGCGCAGAAGUCACCGGACUGCAGGGCUGCUCUCGCCGCGACCUCCAAACUUUACGACAGCGUGGACGACGCCCUCCAUCGGCUCGUCCGGGUGUCCAACCAGAGAGGACGAGACCUGGAGGCCCUGGGGCGACUGGCGGGGCUGGUGGACAAGCUGGAAAAGUGUGAUAAGGAGAUUGAGCAAGUCCAGUCGCAGCUGGACAACUACAAGGACCCUCCUCUGUCCCUCAGCCGACUCUCGCUGAAGCAGCAGAAAUUCAAGACGUUCAGAGAAACAGCCAACGAGCUGCACAGUGAGACUCUGUCAGUGCUCAGCGAUUUGGAGGGCUGGUGCGAGCUGGACUGGGCAGGCCUGAGCGACGUCCAGAUCCGACUUCCACCAGUCAGGGAGAAGCUGAGAGACAUGUCCCACUGUCUGUCCGACUGCUGGACCACCCUGGAUAACACGCAGAGGCUGCUGUCCACACUGACCGAGGCGACCCAGUGGUGCGAUGCAGUCUCCUCCACCUCCUCCUCCCCUUCUUCCUCUUCUUCCACCUGCCCUCUCGCCUCCCUCCCUCCGAUCCCACCGUCCCGUUUCCAGGAUGCCCGUUCCUUAGCCAUAGAGCUCGGCGGCGGGGCUCUCCUGGAUCUCUGGACCCAGACCGUGGAGCGCUACCAGCGGACCGUAGCGCAGGUUAAACCCCGGUUUCUCCAGUCCGACAGGGGUCAGAAUCAGGGCCAGGGGAAACCAAAGACGCCUUCCGCCAGCAGCCUGUGGGACCUGAUGGGUCCUGAGGGAGAGGGAGACUGGGGACUGGGAGCCGGAGGAAGCGAUGGGGGGAUGCAGUCUUGGGGAUCACUGGCGUCGCUGUUCAGGCCACAGACCUGCUCCACACUGAAGAUAGGAGAGGAGAAAGGGAACAAGAAAGAGGGAGGAGGAGGAGGAAGUGGAGGAGCUGGCGGAGCUGGAGGAGGGAAGUUCCUGCAGAACCUUCUGAAUCCUGCAAAGAAGAGUGCUGUAGACGCCCCGCUUCAUCCCAAGCCCCCCAGGAAACGCCACCCAAGCUUUGACCUCCAGGCCCUUCUGGCUCCCCGCCGAGGCACGGCCACCCCAAAACCUGCCGAGUCCCCUGUGGGCGGGCCGAGCCGUAACUCCCCCAUGUCCUGGCUGGGGCGACGGACGUUAGCUGAUCCGGUUAUUACCACGAGCAUGGCCGCGGCCAUACCUGGAUGGGGCGGCGGAGGUGGUGGUGGCGGAGGAGCAGGAGGAGGGGUGUUAAUUCGAGGGGUGGAAGUCAGCAGCAAGGAGGUGGUGGAUCACACCGGGUCACCGCGGCAACACGUGCUGCUCGGGAGGACCGAGAGGGAGACGGGGACGGACAGGGCCGGUUCAACUCCUCAGAGUAAGCUGUACCUGCUCUGGUGCAGGAUGCUGAGCUCAGAGAGGCAGUACGUCGCCGUCCUGAAGGGGGUGGAGGAGACGUACCUCCCUUUACUGGAGCUCUCCGACACUCCGGCCUCCAUCAGAGGGAAGGCAGACGCCCUCUUCCCCAACUGGGCCAGCCUCAGCAGCUUUCACUCGCAGAACCUGCUCCCUGCCAUGGAGGGCGCUCUCGUGCAAAGCUUGCUGCAACAGGACUGCUUCAGCAAAUAUCGGGAACAGUUCCUGCAGUAUUCCCACUACAUCAGGACUAAACUAGAACUGGACUCUCCGCUGAUCACGCAGGCUGCGGACUUCUUCAAGUCCAAACUCCCCCCGGCCUCCCCCCUCUCCCCUCUGUCCUUCCCUCACUGCCUCCAGGCUCCCACCCAGAGGCUGGAGCAGUACUGCGAGGCCCUGGAGGAGCUGGGCGGGAUAAACCCGGCCUCGGACUCCGCCCUCUCCAUCCUGAGGCACGCCCAGCGUCACGGCGAGGACCUCAGGGCCAGUGACCUCAUCGUCGGAUGUCCGAUCCCCGUGGCGGAGCGCGGCGAGCUGGUGCGGCAGGGCGAGCUGACGGUGUGCGGGGGAGCUCGGAGGAAGCGUGCGGGCGUGAGGAACGUCUUCCUCUACCAGCACGUCGUCAUCUUCACCAAACAGAAGAGCCCCGCGCCCGGACGCGUCGCCUACAGCUACAAGCAGAGCAUCAAGACGGGUGAGAUGGGUCUGACUCAGAGCGUGGGUGAGGAGGGAGUGAAGUUUGAAGUCUGGGUGCGACAGGCUCCUCGGACCAGAGACUGCAUCACGCUGCAGGCCAAGGACAGGGAGGACCGGGUGGCGUGGACUCACGACGUGGCGCAUCUGCUGUGGACGCACGCCAUCAACAACACGGAGCUGUGUCUGAAGGAGUCGCUCUGCAUGGGGAUUUCCAGUAAGCUGCUGCUGGAUGCAACAGGAACUCCAACAGGCUCCGAGCUGGACUCCAUCUACAGUCUCAACGACAGAGUCCACAGUAGCUGCUCAGACUCCUCCUCCGUCGGCAGUCAGAAGGAGGGGGGAUCCCCGGCGUCCGGGAGGGACCCGAGGAGAAGCUCCGGAUCAACAAGUUACUCACAGAGUCAGUCUCCAUCUACAGCUGUGUAACUGUCAUCUCAAUGAAAAAACUGGACCAUGGACUUUCUGAAGAAUCAUCUCUAUCUCACCUCUGGGGGAAAAAGCCAAACUGGACACAACAAAAGACUUUGUUUGAACUUCACCCACAUGCCUUACUCCCUCAUUCCCCCUUCAUCACCUCCUUAAAACAAGCAGCAGAUUAGCCGGAGCGGAGCGGCGCUGCACCCCCUUACCCCCCCUUAAAUAAAACCGGAUCAAAACCGCCCCUGUUCAAACCAUGACAAGCAACCAGCGGGGCUCUCUGCACUCCGCCAUUUUGGAUCUGCCAGUCUCAGUUGCUGGCAGAGUCAUUGACACCAAAGGCACUUCAGCCACACAGUGCGGCCAUUGUCUGCCCCGCGGCCCCCCGCUAGGCCAAACCACUUGGUCUGAACCACUGACUGCCCGGCUGGCUGACUGUACGCAUCACAUGCUCCGGCAUCUGAUAAUAAACAGGAAGUGACACACGGGGCGUAAAUGCACCGUAGGAUUGCAGAUUCAGAAUGUAUUAUGUACUUUGUCAUUUUCAUAAAUGGAGUACUGUAGGCUGGUUUUUUGUCCCCCCCUCCCCUCCUGCCUGUGUAGAAAUGCGUAGCAUAGGCUAAGGUGUGAUUGCAUCUAUGUAAAUGAGGCAGGGGUGGUGUGAGCAUGCACACAAACACACACACAAACACACACACAGUGUCUCUCAACGCAUGCAGUCAUUCUUAUUGUUACAAGACAGUGGAGCACUAUUCACAUGCUCACACACACACACACACACACACACUCGCUGAGGCCAUUUUAGAGCCUGGUACAGUGUCUAAAUCAUCGACACACACACACACACACAGUGAGCGUCACACGUCUCACAGCGUUUGUUCGUAUUAACAGUGGCGAGGAUUUAAGGCGAUAUUUAGUCAACACGAUUCCUUAGUGCCUUAAAGAAAAGUUGCUCCGUGUACCGAGUUUAACGAGUUUAAUGCUAUAACUUUUUUAAUAUAAGAUGCCAUAUUCUAUAUGCCAAAGGUAUAAAAAGGGUGUCUGUGCAAUGUCGACGUGUGUACAAAGAGGUUUUGUCGUUACAUUGAGCGUUGAGCUGGACUGCUUUCUCCAUAAAAUGGAGAAAGGUGGAUUUGUUGACGUGCCAUAUUUCCGGGUUUUUACGACUCCUGAUUAUUCUCAAAGAGCCGAUUUACACAAAUCAGACUUCUAGUUUUUUGUUUAGAUUGGCCCCAAAAAGUUGAUUUCGGCUCCGGUUUGCGAAUUUUGACAGUUUGAAGAGGCCUUAAAACGUUUAACACGACUUUAAGGACGUUAUCUUUUGUUAUAUUUUGGGUAAUAUACCUAUUUGCUUCCCUGUUGGGAGUUAGAUGAGUGGAUCGAUACCACUCUUGUGUCUCUAGGGCAGCGCCGGUCCUGGCCACAUUUGCGCCCUGGGCGAACCCCCCCCCAAACCCCCCGAGGCGCACAUUUUCUCGUGCGCCCUCACGGCCGCCCGUGUGCCACCAUCGGUCUGUCCGCCGCCCCCCUCUGCCUUGUCAACACCCCGCUCCCGGGGCGCCCGCUCCGCUAACUUAAUGAGCGGUAUCGAAAAAUCGCGAGGUUUUUUACUUUUUCGGGUGCUCGUGUGCCCCCCACGGAGACUGCGCCCUGGGCGGCCGCCCACAUUGCCCAUAGCUAAGGCCGGCCCUGCUCUAGGGUAAAGCUUUAGCUUAGCUUAGCUUAGCAUAAAGACUGGGAACAGCUAGCUGUAGCUCUGCCCAAAGCUCAAUAAUUAACAGACCAGUUGUGGUUUAAGGUGCCGGACUUCCUUCCUGUUGUUUUUACACUUUUCCGUAUGAAUUAAACAAACUGGUAGGCGGAUUUUGCUACCUAAGCUAAGCUAAGCUAAGCUAACGGACUGCUAGCGGCAGCUUCACAUUGACGGCAGAUGUGUGUAUUGUGACUACAUCAGUGCCAAACACGUAAAUAAAAUAAAAAACGUUGCAUGGCGUGUUGCGGCGCAGCCAAAGAUUUCAUACAAAGAUUUCAUACAAAGAUUUCAUACGCUGUAAAAACCAAUCGUCGUCCACGCGCCCGUUUGAUUGGACGGGCACGUGUCACUAUCAAACAAUAUCAUCCUUUAAAAAAGGUACAAACGUGUGAGCGAACGCCGGCUCGCACGCGGCGGCGUUAUCAGAUUCAGCACGUCUCAUAUCUGCAUUCAAAUUCAAAAAAUUGCAAAUGGCCAUCGAGCCGUCUCUGAAUCAAUAUGUAAUUUGUCGGCUUCGGAGGAGCCCCGCACACUUCAUAGCCUUUAGCUGUUUGGUACAUUGCGUUAUUAUUGGAGGCGAUGUAAUGAACACCAUCUUUCAUUCUCGGCAGUAUAGAUCGUGUAUGCAGAACUCCUCGCAGUAUUCAUGUAUAGAAACUUUUUUGCUCUUGUUGCCAUGACACUCCGCCUGAUGUUUACAUUUUUUUUUGUUGUUUUUUUUUAAAUGUUGGAAAUGCAUGUUAUGCUUACUUGAUAUUUGUACUUUGACUGUUUUUAUUCUGUGUCGAAUUAAAACUGGAUACAAGCUCCGAAAGCUCAAAAGGAAUGGAGGGAAGGGAGGGAGGUCGUGCUUGAACCUUUUUAGCGGGUCUAACUUCAAAAUGAUGCGGGGGCCCGCAACCUCGUAACCUCCGACUUCUUCUUCUUCUUCUCUAAAAAGCCAGCUGUGUGCCGCUGCUUCGUCCACACACACACACACACACACAUAAAGAAUGAUUAGAUAACUACAGUGCAGCCAGCGCCAUAUCAAAUAGUUCGAGGGAUCAAAUUCUCUCUCUCAAAAAAAAAAAAAAAAAGAAAGGGGGGGAGGGCAGUUUGAGAGCAACGAGAGAGAGAGAGAGAGUGUGUGUGUGUGUGUGUGUGUCCAUCUGUGCAUGUGAGCGACAUAGAAGGGAGGAAUGAGAGAUAAAGGGUGGGCAAAGAGGGAGGACGAGGAGGGGGGGAGCGGACAGAGGAGAAAGGGAGCGACAGAGGAGAAGGACAGGAGACAGUAGGUGGGAAUGAUGGGAAAUGAGCGAGGGCGAAGGGGGCAGACAGAGAGAGGGAGAGGGAGAGAGAGAGAGGCACAGUCAAGGGGGGGAGGAAAGAGGAAGAAUAGAGGAGGGGGGCUUAUAGAAAAGAGGGAGACACAAAGUGGAGUUGGAACUUUCUUCUAAUGGAGAGAACUAAGAGAGGGCCGAGGAGAGAGAGAGAGAGAGAGAGAGCGAGCGAGCUGCAGAAUGGAUGAAGGAGAGAGGGAGAGCGAGAGAGAGCGAGCGGGGUAAAAAGGGGGGAUGUUGACAAAGCAGCGAGACUGUGGCGAACAAAGAGAACGUGAAGAGAAUGAGUCGGGGGAAACAUCAAAGGGAUUUUUCAGGCCCGGUUACCGGGACAACAGACAUUUGCAUGCGAUUAGCUUU